AUGAUACGUAGUUAUGAACAUGGAUGUGGACGAUAUAAGCCCACUCUUAGGUUGAGUUGUGCGCUCAUCUCAUUUUGUAUAACAGUAUCCGAAUUCCUUCUGGCCGUAUAUGAAUACUUGGAAUCCAGAGAAGGAAACAUGUUGGCAGGUAUAUUAACGGGUAUUUUUCUGUUUCAUGCAGUCAUUUCAUUUUUGUAUUUUUGUGGAACAGUGAGAGAGCAGGUUGGGCUGCUAUUACCGUUCUUAACAUUUCAAUUAAUAGGUGUAACUACAUUAGGUUUACUUGUGAUUAUUUGGUGGAUCGCAACGAUAUUGGCCGCAUUCGAUCUUGUACAGUACCGUAGUCCAAUAGACGUGCUAACAACAGCCGAGUUCUUCGUCGUUACUGGAGUUAUCCUUCUGUUCGUAUUCAUCAUUACAGUUAAAGUGUCAAUGAUUCUAUAUAAGGGUUACAAACGGGUAGAGAAAGAGCAUUUAUGUCGGUUACGUUUUGGUGUUCGAGUAGAGCGCAGUCUUUCCAGAUGUACAACGAUUCCUCCAACCAAUCUUUAA